CCCAUUUCUGCGCUAGUAGAAUUAAGAAGUACUCUAUUUUUGUCUUAUAACGAACGUCUUAUCAUUACUUUCCGCCAUACUGCAAUAAAAUGAAGCUACCUGGUAUUCAAUUUCUAUGUUUCUUCGUCAUGUUGAGCAUGGGCAGCGCACAAAUGAGAAGCCGUAGACCAUAUUACAGAGCUGCUGUUCAUGAACAUAAACAAUACGAUGAUAAAACGUCUUCUGGAAGAGAAAUCAUCAACAAAAAUUUAAGGAAGUAUGAAGUAGCUGCUCGACUCGCUGCACGGAAUUACGUUGACUUGAUUGUAUUUCCUGAAAAAGGUCUGUUUCCAAUGAAAAUGGACAAUCCGACUUGGUUUCUCGAUUAUGCAGAAAAUAUUCCUCGCGGUGAUGAAAUGACUAAUCCUUGCUAUCAAGAAAAGUUUUCGAGCAGCCCAAUUCUAACAAAUUUAAGCUGCAUUGCACGAAAAUACAGCUUAUUUGUUGUGGCCACUUUAAUUGACGUAAAAGAUUGCAAAGUUCGCAGACAUUGUGAAAACAGAAAAAACAAGAACUCAUGCGUUAGUGAUGGAUCAGACUGCCCGGAUAAUGGCCAUUUUAAUUUUAAUACUUUAGUAGUUUUCGACAGAAUGGGAACCUUGAUAGUCAGGUAUUACAAAAGGCAUCCUUUUAUUCCUCUUGAGAAAGGCAUUUCAACGCCUCAGUAUCCAGAAUCAAGAUAUUUUGACACUGAAUUUGGCUCUUUUGCUACUGAUAUUGGCUUCGAUUUCUUGAUUAAUGAUUCGUUCAUUGAUAUUGCAAAACGUCCAGAAACUACUGGUGUAACGUAUGGCAACUGGUGGUUUGACCACACGCCGUUUUUUUACUUUAGUGUUCCCAAUCAACAGGCUUGGUGUCUUACAAACAAGGUUACUGUUCUUUCCUCUGAUGUUCAUAGCCCAAACCUGGCAUCUCUUGGUAGUGGCAUCUACAUUCCUGGUAAAGGAGCGGUAAUUUACAGUUACAAUCCCGAUGGUAAAAGCAAACUUUUGAUUUCAAAUAUCCCCACGUCAUUUUUUUACGAUUUUCAAAGCACCCUUCCACCACUGAAUAAAAGAUUCUUUUACAUUAAUGAUGAUGACUCAAUCAGUGAACUGAAUGGGGAGGAGCCACGUAAUUUUAAAGACAAAUGUGGCGAAAAUGUUCUUGGAAUGAAUCCCAGCUCCUUGACUGAUUACCGUUGUAAACAGUCCGAAGUUCAUCAGUACACUUUCGUCAAACUUAAUAAAACUGAGGAUUAUAUUAAUGUUUGCUCAAACAAUUUUUGCUGCAGUCUAGAAUAUCAAGCUGAAUCCAUGGAUGAGACUUUUUACUUUGCCGUGUCUGGGAACCGAUUAAAAUUUUACGACAUCUAUUGGUUUGGUGUCCAAUCAUGCUUCUUGUCCCGUUGUGAGCCGGUGGACAGUAAGCCAUGCAGGAAUUUUCUUUUGAAAUCUAACACCAAGUUUAAUAGUGUUAAGAUCACAGGCUCCUUUGACACCAAUCAUAUUUAUCCUCAUGUUCUUGAUAGUGAACUUCGCCUAACAGAUAGAGACGAAUGGAAAUUUGAUGGAACAUCUCAAUUGUCGUAUCAAAAUUUGAAAGGGAAGAAUUUGUUACAUGCAGAUUUAUAUGGAAGGUUGUACCGGGAGGACGGGUUGGUAAAUAACUAAAAUGCUUUAAAUAAAAUUUGGUGAUACGAUUUUAUAAAUUUUCUUGUUUUUUGUGUUAUCUCACAUUAUGUUUACA